UUUAUUUGUUGUCGCCCGCAAGUCCCGUUUUUCAUCCAUCUUCGUCGAGUACGCCAAAAAAUAGUUAAAUAAAUAAUAAAAUGCGGUGCAUAUGUAAAAUGGACAAGUGCAGAUAGCGUUAAAGCGAUUUCCGAACAUAUGGAAAGUGGACAGUUCUGUGAUGCUUGAGCGCGCGUGUGUGUGAGAGAAUGAGACAGUGUGGGGCUCCCGUGUCCCCAAACUAAAUUAAAUUCUUUUGUGUUUGACUCAUAAAAUUCAUAAAUAUUCUACUGAAUUGUUGCUAAGCCUGGAGCUAUUGGCUUUAAUUUGAUUGCCAGAGCCGGGAACUUAAAAAAUGCCGGUUUGAAAGCAUCGUUUGUAGGGAAGACUAUACUAAAUCGGGAAUACUAAACGAUUAGUCGGAGAUUUACCACUUAACUUUUAAAUUCGUUUAGCGCGCGAUUGAUAAGUUUUUUUAGAGAAAAAUUUGAAGCUGAUUGCAGAAACAACGUGAAAAUUGCGCGUGUGCGGGUGGAACAGUGACAUUUUUUGGCGAGCGUGUGAAAAUCGCCAAGAAAACGGCAAAGUGAAGAGCAAAAAAGAAAAAGAAAACCGCCCGCGGCGAAAAUUGCUUCCCCUCGUUGACGCGUGUGUGUGUUCGUUUGUGCGACCGUCUCUGUGUUUGUGGGUGUGCAAAACGGGAAAAAAUUGGAAUGUAAUAUUUGCACACAUGUAAAAAUACAACAAAAUUUCGAAAAAAAGAAGAAGAGUUGAGUAUUUUCUGUGUUUCUGUGCGUGUGUGAUAAAUGAUUGGGCGGCGGCAGGCAAAAGUCAAUCAACGAUAAGCGUCGCGUCGCUGAGAAGGUGGAGGAGAAGCGCUUAAACUGGACACAGAAUCGAACCGCAUGUAGCGCACAAUAACAACAGAGCCCAAAGCAAAGGGAAUACAAAUUUUAAUACCAUUGGAUUUUGAACAUGAACAAAAAUGCCGGCGAUGGCAGCGGCAACGACGGAAAAAACUCAAACAAUCAUGGCAAGGGCGGCGGGGGCUCCAACGCGGGUGGGGAGCCGGAGGCGGCAAUCCACACGAUCCCACCGGACUCCUAGAUGCCGCCUCGCUAUUUGCUUACUGGGGCCGUGAUCCCACUGGAGCUGCGGCUGCAGCUGCCUCCAAUCCGCUGUUCAACUCACAAUUCAAUGCAGCCGCCGCUGCUGGCUUGGGCCUGCUACCGCAAACAGGUGGCGGCUCUGCCAACGAUCGCUACUCGAUGGCCGCUGCAGCGGCGGCAGCAGCGGGCGCCCAUCAUCAUCAGAACACCAUGGCAGUGGCUGCCUCGCAGGCCGCCAGUUUGGCAGGUCUGCAUCCAGCAAGCUGGUGGUCGAUGGCACAGCUGGCAGCGCAGGACUACUUCAGUCGCCUGCAGGCGUCCGGCCUCUCACCAUUCCCGCACCCAGACCUGGCGGCAGCCUUCGGGCCGGCAGCCAUGGGCAUGGGCGCCACAGGAGCAGGAGGCAAUGGCGGCGGUGGCAAUGGCAGCGUAAUGGGUUCGGGUGCAGGCAGCGGAUCAGCUGUCGGUGGCGGCAAUGGCGGUGGCGGCGGAUCGUCCAGCUCCUCGGGCAGCAAGUCCAACAAGUCGCGCAAGGAGAAGCGAGCGGCGCAGCAGCAGCAACAACAGCAGCAGCAGAGCCUGGCCAACAGCCUGAAUGCGGCGGCGGCAGCGGCUGCAGCAGCUGCGGCCAACAAUCCGGCGGCAGCCCUCGCCAGCAUGCACGGAUUCGGCGUGCCAGGAUCGGUGGCUGUGAGCACGGGCAGCGGCUCGAUUUCCACCAGCAGCGGAGGCGGUCACGGAGGAUACAAGAGCACUGCCAGUGCGUACGGGAAACCCUCGACGAUGACGAGCAACAGCAUGGCGAGCAAUCCGAGCUCCGCCUACGAUCCUGUGACCCUGCACAAGGAGCUGAUGGCCAUGCAGGCUGUGGCAGCUGCCGCCUCAGGAUCGGGUGGCGGCUCGGGCAGCGGUUCGUCGAGCAAGAAGUCUGGCGGCGGCGGCGGCGGCGGCGGCGGCAGUUCCUCCUCAAUGCACGGCCACGGACUGUCCGGCCUGGGCAUGGGCGGCGGUGGCAACGGUGGCCUCAUGUCCGGCAGCAAGGCAUCGUCGACGAAUGUCAGCUCCAGCAAUGCAUCGAUGGGUGGCAUGCACCCCAGCCUGGGCAGCUCCAAUCCGCUCAUGUCUCCGCAUGGCAUGGGCGGCGCCUCCUCGUCGUCUUCGGGGUCCGGCAAGGAUCGCGAUAAGAACAAUCCCUCGCUGAAUGCCCUCAACUCGUUGUCGCAAUUCGGGGCCCUGGGCAUGACGCCACAGCAGAGCAUGCAGGCGGCAAUGAAUGCGUUUGCGGCCAGCACGGGUGUGGUGCCCAGUGCCACAGUCACAUCAUCGUCGUCGUCGCAGCAUCACAACUCCUCCCAGCAGCAGCAGCACCAGCAGCAGCAACAGCAGGCGGCAGCAGCUGCAGUGGCAGCAGCCGGUGGACUUCAUGGCAUGCUUGGUGCCGCUGGCAUGCCAAUGGCCGGUCUGUCCGGCCUCACGGGCAUGUCCAAUCCGCUGGAUCAGCUGAGUGUCACCAAGUCCAGCGCCUCGACGGUCACCAGCAAUGCCAACUCUUCCGCAUCCUCGAUGGCUGGCGGCCACGGUCACGGCCAUGGCCAGGGCUCAUCCAGCGAUCGGGUGGAGGUGAUCAAGCUGCCGCCGACCAUCACCUCGAACGGUGCCUACAAUCUGUCCAGCAAGGGCAAGGAGGUGCACGAUCUGACCAGCGAUCAUGCGCCCACCGGCUCGGGUGGCGUUAAUCUCAGUUUGAAGUCGAGUUCGCAGCCCGCCGCUGCCUCUGCGGCCACUGGGGCCGUAGGCUCUGCCUCGAAUCCCAUCACCAUCGAUGAUUUCGAUGCGCCGCUCAAUCUGUCCAUGAAGCCCUCGGACAAGAGCAGCAGCAGCGCCACAGCGGCAGCGUCCACUUCCUCCAGCUCGGCGCUGGCCAACAUGGCCAGUGAGUAUCAGGCGGCUGCCCAGGGCGGCAACAGCGCCAACAGCCUGCAGAGUCUCAGUUCCAUAACGGCAGCGCUCGGUGGCAGCAGCGGCGGUGGCAUGCCGGGUGGCUCCAUUUCGGGCAGUGGCGAUACAUCGCCGGCACCACAACUCGGCGGCAGUGGCUCGACUGGUGGGAAUACCUCGGGUGGCGGAGGUGGCGGUGGCUCCUCCUCGUACAAGGAGGGGCGUCCGCGCAAUCUAGGGCGCGGCGUGUCCAAGCCGAAAAAGAACACGGUGGCCUCCCUGCUGGCCCAGUCGCGGGCAGUGGGCCUCAAACCGAUGCUGGCCACCCAACAGUUGCUGCAGCAAGGAGCAGAUAUUGAAAAGAUACGCCUGGCAUUGAGCGAGGCGAAUGCGCACAUGGAAACAUCAACGGACUCGGAGAGCAUGGCUGCCGAGAGCGGUCUGUCGGAGUCGGAGAGCGAGGAUGCCAAUAUACACAAUGUGUCGGAGCUGCGAGUGCCCCUGGAUAUGGGCUGGAAGCGGGACACCGUCAUCCGGGGCCUAACCAAGCUGGGACAGAUCCGUGGCGAGGUCACCUACUAUGCACCGGGCAGCGUGGCGCCGCUGAAGACCAUUGGACAGGUUUUUGCUAUCCUGGAGCAGCAGCCAUCGAAUCUGACGCGUGAGAACUUUAGCUUCUCCGCGCGUGCCAUUGUGGGCUCGUUUCUGCAGCCAGCACCGCCGCCAUACGCCAACGAUGGCGAGUACAUACGCAUGACGGACGAGGAUGUGGCCAAGCGGCUGGAGGAUCUAAAGGUCUUCACACGCCAGACCCUCAAUGUGGAGCAGCGUAUCGAGAUUGCCAAGCAGCAGCAGGCGAUGCGCGAUGCCAAGAAGCUGCAGAAGGAGGAGCUGGCGCGCAACAAGGAGAAGGCGCGCCAGGAGAAGAACGCCAAGCUCGAGCAGCAGCGCAAGGAGAAGGAGCUGAAGAAUCAGCAGGCCAUCGAGGAGCGCAAGAAGCGGCAGGAGGAGCUCGAUCGUCUCAAGCAGGAGGAGCUGCUCAAGAAGCAACAGGAGAAGGAGAAGCGUCGUCAGGAAGCGAUCUUAGCCAAGGAACAGGAACUGCAAAAGCAAAAGGAACUGCUGCUGGCUGCUGAAAUGGAACGCGAACGUCGACGGCAGCACAUGAACCUCAUACGAAUGCUGGAGGUGCGUCGCAAGUUUGAGGAGCGGGAGAAGAAGAAACACCAACUGGUGCUGGAUCGCCUGAUAUUGCGCGAGCGUCGCAUGGCCGAACGGAAGCGUGACGCGGAGAUACUGCAGCUAAUACGUCGUCCCAACGAGGACUCGGAAAUGCUGCAGGAGAUGGCGGUGCCGGAGCUGGAGCGUAUUGCCGGCAACCGAUUGCCGGGCCAGGCGAUGGCCGAUCUGCUGAUGGUCUUUGAGUUCUUGCACAACUUUGGCGAGACUUUGGGCUUCGACAUGGAGUCGCUGCCAUCGCUGCAGAAUCUCCACGAUGCGCUCAUCAGCGACAGCAAUGCGGAUGCCGAGGAGGAGCUGCUGUCGGUGAUGACGCACCUGCUGGUGUGUGCCAUCGAGGAUCCCGGUGUGCCCAAUCCCGGCCGCCACACAACACUGCUGGGCCAGUCGCUGCGCAACGCGGACAUCACCAACUCGAAUGUGUCGGAGAUUCUGCGCAUCUAUCUGUACGCCACGGCCACCGGCGAGGUGCGACAAAUGCACGGCAUCACCGUGGACAGAGAGCGGGAGCGACGGGUGCCCGACCACCAUCAGGUGGACUCGGACACCACCACCCAUUCGGCCAAGAAUCAGGAGUACUACAAGCUGCUGCACGAGAACGACACCUGGAAGCUGUCGUACGCCCUCAAGGAUCGCCCCUUUGUGGCCCUGAAUCCGACGCGCAAGGCCCAGAUGUUGGCCCACCUGUGCAACGAUCUGCUGAUGAACAAGGCGGUGCUGCGGCAGAUUGACGGCAGCCUCGAGACCUGCGCCCAGAUGCGCAAGGAGAAGUACAUGACGGACAUGAAGGUGCGCAAGUACAAGGCGCUGCACAUGCGCAAGGCACGCAUCGAGGCGUACGAGAAGGCGCAGGCGGAACGGGAGGCGGCCAUGCAUGCGCUCAUGGCACAGCAGAAGCUGGACGCAGAGCGGCUGGCCCAGGCACAGGCAAAGCAGGCCGAAGCAGAGGCGGCAGCGGAGGCCAUGCAGGCGGCAGCAGCAGCAGAGGGUGGCGACACGCCCAAGACAGCAGACAGCGAGGGCGGAGCACAACCUGCUGGCGAGACAAACAACGGGGAAGCCAGUAAGGAGCAGGAGGAUGGCAAGGAAGUGGCACAGCCCAUGGACGUGGAUGGUGUGGAUUGUUCGGCCAGCAUUCGGGAAGAGGCCACCGUCGCCGCCACCGCCACAGCCGCUGCGCUCCACGUGGGCGUUGACUCCUCCUCGCUGGUGAGUCCCGCCAAGAGUUGCAUCUCGUCUGUGGAUUGUCUUACGCCCGGCAAGGACUUUGCCACACCCACACCGACGCAGGCGCAGACACCGACGCCCACCUAUCAGCAGAAUGGUUCGAGUACGCCCAUAACGAUUGCGGGAGUGACAGCCGGGACUGAAGGCGGCAACAUGAGCGCCCUGAUGCAGGCCAAAAAGAGCGGCGCCCGCAACUCCCUCAACGAGGAUGGCCACAACGAUGUGAGCAUCAUUGAGGACGAUCUCUCCGACCUGGACUCGGAGAUCACCAAUGUGGAGGAGGACGAGGACAAUCGCCUGAGUGCCGACGAGCUGCAAAAGAAGCUGGACAAGAUCGUGCGCGCUUCCCUCAACUGCAAGGAGGCGCUGGAGAAGAGCACCAAUCAGCUGCGUGCCGCCUGCUUUGGCCAGGAUCGUUUCUGGCGACGCUACUGGAAGCUGCCCAAGGCCGGUGGCAUCUUCAUCGAGGCCUUGGAAUCGGCCCAGAACGACAUCUGUGACUAUCACGAGGCACUGGAGAACAUGGACGAGAAGCAGCUGCAGCAGAAGCAGAAACAGAGUGAGGAUGUAUCCAGAGACCAGGAGGCAGAGCCAGAGACUGAGGCAGCAGUGCAGGAGACGGCAACAGCGACGGAGACAGAGCCGGCGGCAGUGCAGCCCAUGGAGGUGGAUGAAACCCACACAGAGGUGGAUCCAACUACAGCCACAGCAACACCGGCUGAGGGGCAUGAGCCAGAACGGAAGCCACAGCAGGAGGAUGCAGAGGAUGGGGCGGAGGAGGACGAUGAUGAUGAGGUCACCGAAGUGAACAAAAUCGAACCGGAGAUUGUGGAUCUGGGCGAUGAUGACGAUGAGGACGAGAACGAUGCGGGUGCAGUGCCAACUCUGCCCAAGAUCGAGCCGCCCAGACCCGAAAUUAAGGUCAAGUCGGAAAUGGAGCUAAUGGGUCCGCCCACCACGAUGAUAUCCACCAAAACGGACUUUGAGGCUGAGAUCAAGAUACCCUCGAUGCCUGGCCACAUGAUUCCCACACUCAACAACAACAACAUCAACAACAACAACGGCAACGGCAACAACAACAGCAUUGGCAACGACAGCAGCAGCAACUGUGAUAAGCUGGAGGGAGUGGGAGGCAUGGGACUGGGCAUGACACAGGCAUAUGGCCAGAAUCUCAUCACAUCUUCGGCCAUCAAAAUGGAGGAUCUGAAGAAGGAGACAGCCGACGAUUGCAUCAUUGUGUCCACCACCAGCGAAGAUGAUACGCCCAAAUGGUUCUCGAUUGUGCAGCGCGAGGUGCCGCUGAUCAGCGAACUGCCCGCGGACGAGGGCGGUCUGGUUGCCCAGGAACUGCAGUGGGGCUAUGCGAACCAGAACUGCUACGCGCAGCUGCAGCUGCAGGGCCAUCCGUGGGAUCUGAUCAACAAUGUGCAGUACUACUCCAUACCGAUGGAGGAGUGCAAGGUGGAUCCGAGUAAGCUGGCGCAGGAGUGCAUCUUCUCGCUGAGCGGGCUGGACGAGCGGCAGAUGCAGGCCAAGCUGGAGGAGUACGAGGCCAAGAUUAAGUUCAAGUGCACAGUGCCAAAAAACGGUCUGGAGUCUCCUCAUCGCCCCCUCGUGACGAACGAUGAUGAGGAGCAGGAGAUCAAGUUGAAGCCGGAUGCAGACAGCGAUGGACACAUGGAUGUGGAUGCGGAUGCCGAUGCCGAUGCAGAUGCUGAAGCAGAUGCAGACCCAGAUGCGGAUGCCGAAACAGAUGCUGAUGCGGAGGCAGAUGCCGACGUGGAUGCUGAUGCUGAUGCGGAGAAGGAGCAAGCCGGCAAGGACAAGUUUUUUCGUUUGCGCACUGAUGUCCCCCCGGACACGGGAGGGGGAGGAGGGGCCGUGGAGGACACAACAGAUGCCCCAGAGCUGAAGCCGAAGAUUGAGCUGCGUCUGGACGAGGCACUGUCACAGGCCUACUACCACAACAUUGCCAACAUGACGCUGAGCAGUGUCCAAACAUACAUACCCAUCGACAUACCCUUGCCCCUGUCCAUGACGCCCGACGAGCACCGGCUCCUCGAGCAGGUCAAGCUCUCGGGCUUUCCCGACAAGGUGCACGGCGUUUAUGUGCCGCGUCGCCAGCGCUACGGCUGGUGGCAGCUCGACGACGAGCAGAAGCUGCGCCAGUUCCUGAAGACGCUGAAUCCGUCGGGACUGCGGGAGCGCGAACUGCAGGAGAACCUGACGCGCUUCCUCAGCCUGGAACAGCCGCUGGGCGUGAACUAUCAGCUGCAGCCGCUGGAAGCCCACAUGGUGGAGUACCUGCUGCCAGAUGGGCCGCACGACUGGAACCCCAAGGUGGCCAAGCGAGUGGAAUUGGCGCUGCUCGAACAGUUGGAGUCGCUGGAGGACAAGGUGGCCAGCGCCUCCAUGCAGCUGAAGAACUGGCAGGUGCCCAACCGCGUCGAGAGCGAGCUGAGCCUGCCGGAGCCAGAGGAGGUCAGCGAGGAGGACUUUAUCAGCAUCAUUCCCAUGAUCCGGGAACGCAUUAUCGAUCUGGAGGCCAACAUUGAGCGGCGCUACCUGAAGCCGCCGCUCGGCUCCCAGACGGGUGACGCCCACCUGGCCGUGAUUGCCCAGAACCAGCACACCUCCACACAGACCCAGAACUCGGCAUCCGCAGCGGCCUAUCUACUCCAGAUGCAGCAGCAGCAGCAGCAGCAGCAGCAACAGUUGGUCCAGCAGCAGCAACAACAGCAACAACAGCACCAGCAGCAGCAGCCGGGAGGAAACAGCCUCAAUCCCUCAUCCUUCAACGAGCGCACCAUGGCCCUGGCAGCUGCCGCAGCGGCUGCAGCGCCCAGCUCCGGCAACGCUUCUGGCUGUCCGGGUGAAUCCGGCAGCGUGGAGCCCGUCUCGGGCAAUGUCUCGCCCGCCAGCAACUGUGACAGCGACAGGGACGAGAAGGUGGAGAAUAUACCCAAGGGCCUGGUACAAUGGCGAGAUGCAGUCGCUCGGUCCCACACCACGGCACAGCUGGCCAUGGCCCUCUACGUGCUGGAGUCGUGUGUGGCGUGGGACAAGAGCAUCAUGAAAGCGUAUGCAACAAGAAGCAAGUCGAGCAAGAAGAGCAGCGCCAACAAGCAGCCAACACCCAACACAAACUACAAGAAGCAGCAGAAGAAGAGCAAGAAGAAGAAACAAUCCACGCCACAGAAAGCAAAUAAAAAGGAAGCACUGCCACCACCGCCGACACCCCCAAAGCAACAACAUAAACAGCAAAAGGAACAACUACAGCAGCAGCCGCUGAGCAUUAAAAUCAAUCUUAAAGCCUUGGCCAAGGCAGCGCAAAACGGACAAGACAGCAACACACAAUCCCCCAGCGACGACGACGACUCCCACACGGACAAUGACUCGGCAACCCUCCCAACCCCGACAAAGACAACAACAACAAAACGCAAACGUCGACGCUCGGCCACAACCACAAACUCUAGCAAAUAUUCGAAUUCCUUCCAGAAUUGCCAGUUCUGCACCUCGGGCGAGAACGAGGACAAGCUGCUCCUGUGCGAUGGCUGCGACAAGGGCUACCACACGUAUUGCUUCAAGCCCAAAAUGGACAACAUACCCGAUGGCGACUGGUACUGCUACGAGUGCGUCAACAAAGCCACCAAUGAGCGCAAAUGCAUCGUUUGCGGCGGCCAUCGUCCCUCGCCGGUGGGCAAGAUGAUCUACUGCGAUCUGUGUCCGCGCGCCUAUCACGCCGACUGCUACAUCCCACCGCUGCUGAAGGUGCCGCGCGGCAAGUGGUACUGCCACGGCUGCAUUGCACGCGCACCGCCGCCCAAGAAGCGCAGUGGCGGCAGCAGCAGCAGCAAGUCGCGUCGCGAUCGCGAUGCCAGCACGGCGGCCAAGCGGCGCAACGACAAGCCGCUGCCGGGGCCAGGCGGAGCCGCCAGCAUGGAGCAUUUGCCCCAAAUGGGCGGCGGGGACUCGCAGCAGCUGCAACAGUCGCUGAAUUCGUCACACGACGAGUCCAUGACAUCACUGCCGCCGCCUUUGAGUCCGGCGCAUUCGGUUGCCUCGGCCACGUUCGAGGAUCAGCAGCACACAAACUCCAUCGACAGCAGCCGCUUCCAGGCGCAUCUAGGCAACAACAACAACGGUGCCGUGCCACUGCCCGAGGAUGUGGCUCUUGUUGCGACCGGCUUCCCGGUCUAUCCGCCACCCAGCGCCUUUGCCGCUGGUCUGGUGAGUCCCGCAGGAGCCACAGUUCUGCCCGUACUUCCCCAUGCACCGAUGCAGUUCGGCAACGUGGCCAUGUCGCCGCGAGCUGUGACACCCACGCGAACACCAACGCCGACCCCAGCGCCGACUCCACCACCACCGGGGCCGCUGCAUCCGCCUGUGCCCACAGCGACAACACCGCUGCUCAUGCAGGCCUCGCCGACAGCGCUAAACGCCAUCUGCCAGUCGCCGCCGCAGCAGCAACACCAGCAGCAGCAGCCGAUGACCAUGCCUUCGCCGCGUGCCUGCACACCCACACCACCCGCAGUGGGUGUGGGCUCGGGAGUAACGCAAAUGUCACCGCCGCCCAUCAACAUACACGCCAUACAGGAGGCCAAGGAGAAGCUAAAGCAGGAGAAGAAGGAGAAGCAUGCGACCAAGAAGCUCAUGAAGGAGUUGGCCGUCUGCAAGACCCUCCUGGCCGAAAUGGAGCUUCACGAGGAUUCGUGGCCGUUUCUGUUGCCGGUAAACACCAAACAGUUUCCCACAUAUCGCAAGAUAAUCAAAUCGCCCAUGGACCUCUCCACCAUUAAGAAGAAACUUCAUGAUUUGAGCUACAAGGGACGUGAGGACUUUUGCGUGGAUGUGCGGCAGAUCUUUGACAAUUGUGAAAUGUUCAAUGAGGAUGACUCGCCCGUGGGCAAGGCGGGGCAUGGCAUGCGCAAGUUCUUCGAGUCUCGCUGGACAGAGUUGACCGAGAAGCACUCCUGAUCGUAUCCACAGCUUCAGCUAGCCAGCGGCAGCUCUACACCGGAUCCCAUAGAAGUAGUGAUAGCAGCGGUGGAACCAACCGCUGAAGCAGCACAAUUUCGGACAAGAGAUUAGCAUUACGCGUAGAGAGGAGUAGAAGCAGCAGAAGGAAUACAAUUGUAUAUAGAUAGAGGGGAUAGCGAUUCGGGUUUAGUCGUAGUCUACAAGCAGAAACACACACACACACACAAAAGCAUUAAUAUAUAUAUUUAUAUAUAGUACGAGUAGAUAUUAAAUAUUCUAUAUAUAACCCACGUGAGCCCCACGUCCUACAUUGUUCGACGAGGCCUUUGCAAGAGGUCCUCCCAUGUAGCCAGCAAGAACAAGCGCGCACCCAGCAGCGUGCCAGCAGUGAAGCAGUAUAAACCAUAACUAUUAGCCAACAUAAUCGAGCAGCUCCUAACUAUAGUUAGACGUUUAAGAAGCCAUCCACAGUACAGCACAGACGACUCUGACGAAAAUAAGAAACGUACAAAAACUGUGUCGCCCUCCCAAUAAAUCCUCCUCCUUCCCACAAUCCCAAAAUCAAUCAAUCGAGCCGACAUUCGAACAGUAUUUUGUGCACAAAGCUCUGCGCCUCGGCUUUGUUUUACACAUUUCUAAAAACGUAAUAAUACAAGAAAGUAUCAUUUAAAUUGUAAUUUUAAACACUUAAUUUAAAUUUAAAAUGCUAAUUGUAAUGUAAUUGUUUGUGUUUACAAUUUAAAGCAUCAUCAACGAAGCGCUCAUUUAAGUUUUAACGUGUAUUACUGUACUUAUAGCCACUCCGACAAUUGUAUUUAAACAUAUACAUACAUAAAUACAUACAUACAUAUAUACAUAUAUAUAUAUAAUUAGCAUUAACAAUUAACUGGCGCAAGAGCGGACUCAAAUAUACUCAAAGGGAUGCUCGCUCCACGAACGUCACAGAGAUCGUUCGGACGAUCCAUCGAUAGAGCGAGUUGUAAAUGUGAAACGAAGGGCAGACCUACAAUUAAAUUUAAUUAAAUGUAUUAAAUUAUUUACUCUGUGUACAUUUCUCCACAAUGUAGUUGGCAUUUUUAAUCGCAACUUUUGGCAAAUCGCAAAGGAAUAUUUGAAAUUCAAAAUACAAAAUACAAAACUAAAGUUAAAUAUUAAUCAAGUCGAUGAAUGAAUGAAUGGAUGGAGGCAGUGAGAGAGGCCCCUUGCUGGACAUAUCCUAGCGGGAUGUAAGCGCAACUCCAGAUGCGAAAAACGAGAAUUAGAAGGGUAGAAUCAGAGGCGAGUUUUAGCUGUAGAUAGUCCCAUGCCCCCCAAAAAAUGAUAUAUGAUCCGCACGAGCCUAGCAUAUAGUCCCAGCCGUUGUUGGGGUCGCAUUAUGUGAAUUAUGAAUGUUAAAUAUACAUUUUACAUAUGUGUAUAUGUUUAUGUAGUAUUAUGUACACACCGAAAAUACAACAGACAAAAGUUAGCAAAAGUUCAAUCCUAUUUACACGAAUAACAAAACAUUUUUUGAAUAAAUCAAACUCAUUUGCAGUGCAGCACAAUAAUUGAAUGAAAUUGAACAAAACGAAGGAGCUGGAGUGGAGUGGAGUGGAUAUUUUAAAUGGAUUAAAUACGAAGACGAGUAUUGGGUGUGAAAAGAUAGACAGUUUUGCCGCUUUAACAAUAAACCGAACCGAAA